ACAAUGUCACUAUUAGAGGUAAGUUUGUAGAUAUAAUGAACGAAGUGAAUUGGGCCAAAAGGGAAAAAUUCGUUACGGUUAACGAAGGACAGCAAUGGCGACAGAGGUUGGAGGGUAGUCUAAAUCUCUUUCAUUAUCUAGAAGAUGCCCAGCAAACUUUCUUUAGCCCGUUAAAGGUGCCUAUGGAAAGGGACCAGGAAGAUAAGGGCCCAUCUUCCAGGUCUAGACGGGGUCUUUUUGAUUUUGUGGGGACUGCCGCCAAUUUUCUGUUCGGGGUGAGUACAGAUAAAAGCGUAGAACAGUGCCGUCAGCUGGUGAAAGAGACGCGUAAAGAAUCUCGCGAAAUUGCUCAUCGCGUAAACAUUUUAACUUCAGUCGUGAAUAAAACGGUAGAUACCCUAAACACCAACAUAAAGCACUUAAAUUCCAUCCAGCAUUAUCUCCAAGAAAGCGUGUUUAAUCGUAUGAACACACUCAUCCGUGGACUUAACACUACUCAAGAAAAUUUAACAAAAUUAAUGGUCUCGUUUAAUAUCGAAAGAGCGGUAACAAAUUUCGAACGGCUAAUUGACCAACAAACAUCAGUACUUGAAAGAUUUAAUAAACAAAGGACGUCACUAGAAUUAGGCAGACUUACGGAUGUAUUAUUGCCCCCCAACAAACUUAGACACAUCUUAGCUACAGCCAUGAGAGGUAGGCAUUUAGAACAAGUUGGAGAUUUAAUGUGGUACUAUAGGUUCUUGUCUGUUUCUCCUUUACACGAUAAAAGCACGCUGAUAUACAGAGUAGAUUUACCAUUAGUUAGCAACGUAAAUUUUUGGCUUCACCACGUAUUGACGUUCCCAGUGCCAUAUAAUUCCAGUGGACUUUCAGCUCAUAUCCAAAUUCAGAAGGAAAUGAUAGGUUUAAAUCCGAGAUCAGGUCAAAUUUUCUUUCCAGAGUCAUGUAUAGGGGAAAACCCAGUAGUCUGUACGUCAGGGCCUUUAUAUAAGUCGAGUAGUAAAUGUGAAAGAGCAAUAGUCACGGGAGACGAAAAACACAGGGAGGCUUGCAAAGUGCUGAUAAGUAAGAGCUUAGAUAAAGGGUAUGCCAGGGAAUUGAGUCCAGGACAAUAUGUGAUAGUGAGCUGGGGAGAAACUUUAUAUACUAGGUGCGACAAUUCGGCGGAGAAAUCGGUUAAAAUUCAAGCAGGGACAUAUUUGAUUAAUGUAGAUAAUGGUUGUGAAAUCCAAGGCGACAAUUAUAUUCUACCGGGAAUUAUCCACCAAAUUGGGAAAAUUACAAUUCAUUCGGUGCAGCUUAAUUUCAGUAAGGGACUUAAUUUAACAGAGACUAUUCGGGAAGGGGACGCCUUAAAGUUAUUAAAGAAAUUUGACCAAAAGGAUUUAGCAUUACAGUCGAUUGUGCCUUUAAAACAAAUUAAAUGGGAAAAUGAAAAUUAUUGGGAAAAUUUUAUACCGGAUAAGCAAAACGUAUGGGGCUACCUGGGUACUUUAGCUUUGUUUUUAUUAGUGUUAGGCAUAGGAAUCUUUUGUCUAAAAAAUUAUGGAAUGAUAAUGUGUCGAAAAUUCAUUUUACAGAAAAAGAAAAGGCGCAAUCAACAUGCAGAAGUCAGGAUUCCAGGGGGAAGACCAUCUGUUUCGUAUAAUAUUCAGCAAGAUACAGUUACGCCGUUAAUUGUCAGAACGCAGGACUCGAUUGAGCCUCUGCGUUCACUAUAUGAUAAAGAUUUCAAAUUUCAGGAUUAGACUGCGAAUUCCCCAGCUUGCACAUCACCUGUGUGGAUGCGAUCCAAGCAGAGACUUAGUAGAGAGGCAGAAAUCCCAUUGGAAGUUUAACCAUAUCAGAUUUUAAUUAUAUGUAUGCGCAUGGGUAAAUUAACCUGUUUUGAAUUUUAUGUGUGUCGGUAUAUGAUGGGAUUUAUUGCAAUAUUAUAAGUGGUGGUGUCUUCUUUCUCCAACUGGUGCAUGGUCUUCGGGUGCAGGUGAUUUUCUUUUGCACAUCUAUCACUGGGGCAUGGACUUUGGGUAAUGGGGUCUCUUUCAGUGUGCAGAUCUCCGACACUACGAUCCGAGAAGAGGCUCCGACACUGUCCAUGGGAACAUAUCUUCGACACUACGAUCCUGGGAAGGGACUUCGACACUACGAUCCUGGGAAGGGACUUCGACACUACGAUCCUGGGAAGGGACUUCGACACUUCGAACCUAGGAGAGAGACCAGCGGAGAGGGCCUUUUUAAAACGUUUUCGUGCGUUUUCUAUGUUUUGAUUACGCACAGUCAGGUCAGUUAUCUGCUACCGUUAACCAUGUAAAAACGGUACUACCUGUCCAUGGUCGAGCCGUCGGCGACUAAACCGGCAAAACCUUGUUGGGCUUGCCCAGCAAGGAUAAGGGCAUCAGGACGCCCUGAGGGAACUAAAUAAUCCCUCAAAGAUCUGCGGAUCAUCCUGGGCCCUCAUUAGCAGACCCUGCAGGACCCAUGCAACAAGAAGAAGGAAGAAUCCACGAAGCCAGCGCCGGAAUGAAUAUAGA